AUGUCGUCUUCGUUUGAAGACGACCUCAUGCUACCACAAGGACUUCCAGCGGCGACAACCGACGGUAACCCGUUCAUUGAUACAACUAGCGUGGAAGAGCAACCUGGUGACGUAGACGACUUCGCUUUCGAUCGAUUCUCGACCCCCGUCAAAGAAGCAGACGACAGCGCCAAGGAACAGGAACCAGAUGGAGGGCCUCCCGUCGUCUGCAGCAACGACGGUCUGCUAGCUGAUUUCGCAGACGUCGGAGCCAUGACUGCGAAAGCGGACGAACAACCCGUCGUCCGCCAGGACUCCUUAGUAGACGCCUUUGGAGAAGUCCCGCAAGGUUCGCUUGAAGGGUCUUCUGCUCGUGAACAGGACAUUACGGUGUCUAUAGACAGUGAAGAGGACCCUGCACGUGAUUUCAUCGAACGUGAGCGAGAACUCCUUGCCAGUUUCAACGAGUCGUCCGUCGAAAGUGUCGUCGACUCGACUAGUCCCUUCGCACAAAGCAGUGGCAUGGAUGGGAGUUCUUUUGACGGAACUCCAUCUCGUGGUACUUCACACGGUCCCUCACCAAUUCCGGCGGCGGCCUCGGGAGUGAAAGAAGUCCCGGAACCUGUGAGAAGAGCGCAAGACGAGAUGCGAGAACGACUCGUAAAAAAGGACUCUGAAGAAGCUAGUAGGAUCCUUGAACUGAAUGAAACUGCCCGUCAGGAACUGGAAGAUUGGUACGCUAGGUACCACGAGCAGCUUGGAAAGACUAAGGCUAGAAAUAAGGAAACUCAGAACGUAUUUGUGGAAGAGAGAGACAGAGGGAAUGAGAAAGGAAAAGAGUGGGAAAGUCUAGGGAACAUGUGUAAUUUCAGCAGUAAGGGAUAUAGAGGGACGAAGGAUGUGUCCCGUAUGCGAUCAAUCCUGAUGCAGUUGAAGCAGAAACCUCCAGCCGUUCCUGUUAGUGAAUAA